GGAGAGCAGAGCAGCGUGUGACUUAAGUGUGUGUGUGUGUGUGUCCAGUGCAGGGAUAGCAGUGGAGAGGGAGAGAGAGAUAGAGAGAGACAGAAUAGCAGCAGAGUGAGAGCCAGCGCUCAGUAACAGGACAGAGAGAGAAGAGAGACGACUCGGAGUCCACGACUAACUGCAUGUAGGAGAGAAUAAAUGCUGAGUGUGAGAGAGAGGAGCGUUAGACACCAGUGGACAUCAUCUUUCCAGACCAAAGGCCUUCUGGGAUUGCUGCUGUCGGCAGAUACAACAAGGUUCACACGAGUAAAGAUCUACAACAGCCUUCUGACUUCAACCUCACUGGCACCACAUCAGUCCCCUCACUGUCAGCUGUCAGCUGUACAUGGAUACCCCCAGCUGGGCAGAAACCAAACCAGGAAGUGGCUUGUGUAAGCAGCACGGAACCAUUGCUCUCUUUGGCAACGUGGUGUACAGCGGCCUGCUCAACGAGCACAUCUGGCAUUUCGGGGUUCCCCUCGUCAACAGACUGGGUAACCAAGAGGGGCCAGCCCCCCCGGAAGCGAUGGCCCAGCCCUACCCCCCAGCCCAGUACCCCACCCAGAACGGCAUUCCAACGGAGUACGCCCCUCCCCACCCCCACCCGCCAGCAGACUACACGGGUCAGAGCACGGUGGCAGAGCACGCUCUAACGCUGUACACACCCACACAGACACACAGCGAACAGCCCGGCAACGAGAACAACACAGCCACACUAUCGCAGGCAGACGAGGUUGCGCAGACGGAGGUUUCCCAUCAGCUCCACCUGCAGCAGUGUGAUUCGUCAGAGAAGCAGCAGCCCAAACGGUUACACGUCUCCAACAUCCCUUUCCGGUUCAGAGACCCAGACCUCAGGCAAAUGUUUGGGCAAUUUGGGAAGAUUUUAGAUGUGGAGAUCAUUUUUAACGAGCGAGGCUCCAAGGGUUUUGGGUUUGUAACAUUUGAAACGAGUGCCGAUGCGGACCGUGCACGUGAGAAACUAAAUGGUACAAUCGUAGAGGGACGCAAAAUAGAGGUUAACAACGCAACAGCAAGAGUUAUGACAAACAAAAAGGUGGCAAACCCAUACAUGAAUGGCUGGAAGCUGAACCCAAUGGUGGGAGCUGUCUAUGGUCCUGAAUUGUAUGCAGUGACAGGUUUUCCCUACCCUAGUACAGGAGCGGCAGUAGCCUAUCGGGGAGCUCAUUUGAGAGGGAGGGGGCGGGCCGUCUAUAACGCAUUCCGCGCCGCGCCCCCACCCCCACCCAUGCCUGCCUACGGAGCGGUUGUUUACCAGGACGCCUUCUAUGGUGCAGAGAUCUACGGGGGUUAUGCAGCGUACAGAUACGCACAACCAGCAGCCACGGCUGCAACCGCAUAUAGUGACAGUUAUGGGAGAGUCUAUGCAACAGCGGACCCAUAUCACCACACGAUUGGUCCUGCAGCCACGUACAGUGUGGGUACUAUGUAAAUAAAACAAAGAGGAAAAGUAGGAAAACAACAUUGAAGAAGAAAGAACAAAAAACCAUAAAGGAAACCAACAGAAAUGUAAAAAGAGAGGUCAGUGUCAGGACCCCUUCUAUCAAGGUCUACAGGGGAGAAUGGAUGGAAGAUGUUUUGGCUAAGCACCAUAGCAAUGGCCUAAACUACUACGCCUCCAGUUUUAGGGACAGAGCGACACAUAGCUUACCCCUGGGACAAGCCUUGCUGGGCGGAAGAGACCAAGAGAGGUCAUCAUAAAACAAUUGUAUUUUUCUAAACUUUUUUAAGUUUAUGAUUUCCAGAAACGAAAGAAUGUAUAUAUAGUACAUGUAAUGUAUAUCUAUGUUUGAAAAAAAUGUAACAAAAAAAACUGAGAUUUAUAAUGUGGCAGUUUGGAAGAAGGGGAGGUGAGUGGUGAUAUCCUUGGACCCGCCCCCUUCCUACUGCGGAACGGGGGGGGGGGUUGUGAGGGCAGGCUGAUGUGCCAGUGGGGGCCAAGACACUGGUGGUGAGGGGUGGCUUGUCCUCCUGACAUAACUCUUAGUUGGUCGUCAUGGUAAUGCCACUGCGGUAACACCAUAGCAAAGCCACCAAAUGGCAGGCGAACGAGAGCUAGGCCGCAUCUUCCACAAAUGUCCUUGGUUCAUUGUUUGAACGGUGAAAACGUGUGCCAUUUACAUACAAACUCUGACCCAUUUGGGCCACGUUUACAGGUCAACCUCGCUCGGCAGUCAACAAUCUUUGACUAUUUAGAAUGAAUUACUUCCUGUGGGUCAUGUGAAAACAACAAGUGAUGUCAUAUAAAGGGGGACAGUUAAACUCUGGUGUAGGGCUUCCUUCCACUUGAAAAACAGCUCCUCUGCAGGUUGCGCUUCCAGUCCACUUUGUAUCUCUGUAACUUGAACUAAAAGACCCCCUGAAUGCUCCAACAUCAUAGCCAAGGCAGUGUUUAGCAGAGAGGAAGCAGAGAAGCCUGUAAAAAGUCAGGGAACACCCACUCUAUUGUAUUUACAGAUGUAGGAUCUUAAUUUGAGCCAGUCUCCUACAGCAGGAAAAUAAUCAUACAGCAACAGGAAAUUUGAAUUGUAAUGUGGAUUAUAUUGUGGAUUAUAAUGUGGAUUAUAAUGAAUGGAGAUUUUUGUAGCGUCUGAAAAAAAUUCCGUAAUUGAAAAAUCAAGUCUGAAAUUUCAAAGUGGAAAUGACAAACUUCAGAAGCAUUCUUAUACCUCAAAAAUAGUACAAGUUUUAAAUGUCCUGUCCUUGCAGGGUAAUCAAACGAAGAUCCUACAGACAGUUUGUAGAUGUCGGCCACAACAGCCCCCCCCCCCAAAACCCCAGCGUUGCUAUCAAAACAUGUUGUUGUGGUGUUGUGGUUGAGGUGGUUGUGAUGUGUAGUAAACAAACAGCCUCUUUUGUAGCUAUAAGUUAGAAACACGGGACCUGUCUACACCCCAUCGACGUGUCCCAACAUUCACCCUAUUCCCUAUCCUGUACACCACUGGUCAAAAGCAGAGCACUAUAUAGGGAAUAGGGACCAUUUGGGAUGCAGUUUGACUCCUCCAUCCGUCUUAGAUAUGGGCUCCGGAUCGUUCUGAGAGACAGAGAGAAGGAAGGGAUUGACGGUUCCGUCAGACCAACUGAUAAAGAUUUAUUAAAUUCUCUUUUAAACCUUCCAUUUAUAUCAAGCUCUACUUUAGUAACAUAUUUCUGUAUUUAAACGUUGUACUAAUAACACGCUGUCAGACAUGGUGGGGGAAAGUCCAUUGUAGCCAUUAACUAAUGUUACAUUUAUUGUAUUACUGAAAGAAAAAAAAAACAUUUAUAUAUAUAUAUACGAUGAAUAUAAAUAUAUCUAUUUGUGAUCUGCAACCCUUGGAAUUAAGUUUUUGAUUAUCGAUAUUAUGAUUUCAUGGGCGUCGGACUUAAUGCACUGUCGACCAUUCCUGGGACAUUUCUAUACCCGUGUAGUGUUAUUACCUGUUCUGUCCAUUUACUCCUCCUUUGCUUCCGCUAUUGAAUGUAACUUCCAAAAACUUUUUAUGUGAAUGUCAUUAUAUAUAUAUAUUUAUAUAUAUAUAUAUAUAAAAAUGUCAAAGUACAAUGUAUAUGCAGUACACUACACAAUGAUAAUAUAGCAGAACGUUUCAUCUGACAUAAUGCUGGACUUCAGAGCGUCACACCGAUGCCAAUACGACUAGGGAGGGUAUUUUACGUAGGAACACUUGGGGAAGGUAUUAUGUGGAACACACCAGUGCCCUGCAGAUAGACGUCCUCCAGAUAAAAACCAUGUAAUCAUUACUGGAUCAGUCAGAACUCUUCGCACCAAGGCUUUUCACAUCUGACGAGAACAAGAACACCAGGAGAGGAGCAUCACAGUCUGUCUUGUGUGCCAGAUCAAAUAUGUUUUUUAAAUAUUGAUUUAUUUUGUUUUUAUUCUUCUUCUCUCUCCUGAGGUGAAAGAGAGGGAGAGAGAGAGACUGAGUGAGGACCAUGUGAGGGACUAGUGC